CAUGUCCGCCUCUCGUUUCCGCCUCGUUUUGCUUCUUUACGUAGGUACUGUCGUGAUACCAAGUUGCCAUGGUUACAAAUAACUGAUACUGGAUAGAGACGGUCCCAACUUCCUUGACAGUCCCCAUAUACGCCCACUGUCAAGACUCCGGACGCGUCACAGAUCACCUGCAUCCAGCAAAGCGCGCUCCAGUCUACUAAAAAAAAAAAAAAAAUACAACAACAACAACUAAAAACAAAGAAAAACCUGGAAACUACAACCUGAAAGAUCCACUGAACUCCAGCAGAAGCUCAUUCAGACUGUUUUCCACUAACUAUGCUGGAAAAAGGAGCAUUUAUGAGCCCCUUCCACAGACCGAGGUGUCUGGCAGCUGCGGCUCCGGCGGGGAAAGCGAAGUUAACCCACCCGGGGAAGGCGAUCCUGGCAGGUGGAAUUGCUGGUGGAAUAGAGAUCUGUAUCACUUUCCCCACAGAGUAUGUGAAGACACAGUUACAACUGGAUGAGAAGGCCAGUCCCCCGAAAUAUAAAGGAAUAGGUGACUGUGUGAAACAGACUGUACAGAGCCAUGGAGUAAAAGGACUGUACAGAGGACUCAGCUCACUGCUCUAUGGAUCCAUACCAAAAUCUGCAGUCAGGUUCGGGGUGUUUGAGUUCCUCAGUAAUCAUGCUAAAGAUGAGUCUGGUCGCCUGGACAGCACCAGAGGUUUACUGUGUGGCCUUGGAGCAGGGGUUAUGGAGGCGGUUCUGGUUGUUUGUCCCAUGGAAACCGUUAAGGUGAAAUUCAUUCAUGACCAGACGUCAGCCAAACCCAAAUACAAGGGUUUCUUCCAUGGAGUCAGGGAGAUCAUCAGGGAACGAGGUUUGAGGGGAACAUAUCAGGGUCUCACCGCCACUGUCCUCAAACAAGGAUCCAACCAGGCCAUUCGCUUCUUUGUGAUGACGUCUCUGAAGAACUGGUACAAAGGAGAUAACCCUAACAAAACUAUUAACCCCUUGGUGACUGGAAUGUUUGGAGCCAUAGCUGGAGCAGCCAGUGUGUUCGGAAACACACCACUGGAUGUCAUCAAGACCAGGAUGCAGGGUCUGGAAGCACAUAAAUAUAAAAGCACUGUGGAUUGUGCCAUUAAGAUCCUGAGACAUGAGGGUCCUGCAGCUUUCUAUAAGGGAACAGUUCCACGUCUGGGCCGGGUGUGUCUGGAUGUGGCCAUAGUCUUCAUCAUCUACGAGGAGGUGGUGAAGAUCCUGAACACUGUGUGGAAGACGGAGUGAGCUGCUGGACCUGCAGAGAGGACAGCUGACCUGUAAAAACCUGCCGCUAAUCAGAUGAACUCAGAUCAAAACUAAACAGGAAGUCCAAUCACUUACAGGUUUGACCUUCAGAGAGAAAGAAAGCUUCAAGUAUUUACUAAAGAGAUGCAGUAUUUGAAGAUUAGUCACCUGAUGAGAUCAUGGGUUAGUGUCACAAAGUAGCUUUAUGAAGUGAGUCACAUAAAUAUGAAAAAAGACGCUGUAUCUGACAAAUAUCCUCAUCAUCACCUGGCAUGUCCUGCCACUUCAGCGUCUCGCUCCGGUUAUGGGAGUGACCUUCUUUGUAAACCUACUUUGUAAAACACCCCAUUAAGUUUAGAAUAUUACUGUUUGUCAUUCACAUCUGUUUUACCGAUGUUUACUACAAGUGUGCAGGUGUCGCGCUGUGUUUUAUUGAGUUAAAGCUGGAGGAGCUGGACUACGCCAGGCUGUAGUCUACAGCAACCCCUUCCAGAACCAAGCCUUUACAUUUUAGAAUAUAACCAUUAUUUUUAUAAUGAAUAGAUUCUAAUUUAAUUCACUACCAGCAUUAUAGUUGUAUCGACACACACACACACACACACACACACACACACACACACAUAUAUAUAUAUAUAUAUAUAUAGAUAUAAUUUCUGUGCCAAAUACUAAGUAUGAAAGUAUAUGUUCAGACCAAGAAGAUGCAAUGUAGCCUAAUAAUAUCAGUGAGAAUAUAUAAUAUCAUUAUGACUGAUAUAUUAUUAAAUCAAUGUAUAAGAAGUUGAAUGUGUAAAAUGUUGGUGGUUGAAAGACUGUUUUCUAAUAUUUGUGUGUGCAGAGUGUGUGAAGGUUUGUGGAACAUAUGUAAUUGCUGUGUUACACUGUGACUUAUUGAGACUCAACAACACUGAGAAAUACAAAGUAACCUCAGACCUGUUUUUAGUCCAACAGCCCGAAGGGUCUGAUGGACUAUUGGUAUUAGUUGUCGUCUGUCCGUUGUCUGUCCGUCAUCCAUCUGUAAACAAUUUUUCAAGAAUCUUUUCCAAAACCAUCAGCCAGAAUCAGCUGAAAUUCAUAGCGGAGGUUCAUUCAAUUCAAUUCAAUUCAAUUUUAUUUGUAUAGCCCAAUAUCACAACAAGGUUAUCUCAAAGGGCUUUACAGAGUCAGUUGGAUGUAAACAACAGUCAAAUAAACAGCAAGAAUUUAAGAAUCAAUGUAAGAAUCAUUGAGGCAAGGUCUACCAAGUUUGUUCAAAGAAUGGAGAAAUAUUCGAUUUUUUUAAUGAAUUUUUCAAAUUUUAAAAAUCUCCAUUGGUUUAUAAUGGGACAAAUUUCA